UGGAAGCAAGGGAUUGGAAAUUUCUAAAACGACAAAGAUCACCUGACCAUAUACCCUUUACAAAAGGUAUGGCGGAUGGGCAGUCCUUAGAAGAGCCGCCUAAAGUAAAGAAGGCCAAGGGAAAGACGCCUACGGGCCCUCUCUUCACUCUAAAGAAAUGGAACGCCGUGGCGAUGUGGUCGUGGGACGUGGAGUGUGAUACUUGUGCUAUAUGUAGAGUACAAGUUAUGGAUGCUUGCCUUAGAUGUCAAAGUGACAAGAAACAAGAAGAAUGCAUUGUCGUGUGGGGAGAAUGCAAUCAUUCCUUUCACAAUUGUUGUAUGCAGCUAUGGAUCAAGCAAAACAAUCGCUGCCCACUCUGUCAGCAGGAAUGGACCGUACAGAGAUUUGGAAGCUAGUAGAAUGUCAUUAUAUUAUAAUGAUCAUUGUUUUUAAAUUAUCUAUUAUGAAACACGUUAUCAUUGUGACAUUAUUUGAGUUUGAUUCUAACGUCAUUAUCAUUUGAUUUCAA